CGUACCAGGGCACCCGCGUGUUUCAAAGAUGUCUGCUACACCCGACACUCCACCACGUCCCAAAAAGCCAAAACGUUUGCAAAAGUACAGACGUGUAUGGGAAGAGGCGAACCCGUGGCUCGACAGCGUCAGUGGCAACGAGUACAAGGCGAAUUGCAAACGGUGUCGGCGAGUGUUUUCUGUGGCUCAUGGUGGACUGGCUGACGUGCGGCAACAUGCAGGAGGGGAUCAACAUAAAAUAAACAUGAGAACGGACUGGAACCAAACGGCAGUGUCUGUCACAGCUCCCGAGGUCGAUACAAAGACACCACCUCUCGGGCCCGUGGAGGCCGAGGCCCAGAGGAGCCGUGGUGGUCGUGGCCCCGAGGUCGAGGAGCCGAGGAACACGACCAUGUUUAAUCUCAAGGACUUUGUGAACCAGCGGCUCACUGCGGCAGCCGUGGAAAUAUUCGAGGAGUUUGAGAAAAUGCUCGAUUUGUAUAAAGCUGAAGUGACUCGGUCGAAAGAAGAGGUGGACAACCUGCGGAACCAGCUGGACCUCCUGCAAGACAAACCAGCUGCAGAAGCUCCAGCGGCCCACAGCACCGUACCUGCAGACGGGUGUGACUCCAGUCUGCUGCAAGAGAAGCUGCUGCCCUCGACACCAGUGGAAAUGGGACAAGAGUCAAACUUCAGUGUGAAGGCUGAAGCUGCUGGACCCUCUCACACCAAUGCUGGUGGAGAAAAUCCUGACUGGAACAACGGCAUGCUGCAUUCAGACCCUGAAGUGUCACAGGUUAAAGAAGAGCAGGAGGAACUGGGCAUCGACAGUCAAAAACAAGAGGCUGUUUUUCUUUCUGCUGAUGAUGUGAAAAGUGAGCAAGAUCAACCAGAGGCAGAAUUUGAAUAUGAAUUGCAGCCGCUCUCCUCAGACUGCUCUGCAGCUCAGAGUGAGAACAGUGAUGAUGAGGAUUGGAUGGAGAGCAAAGGAGCUCAAAGAAGGACCAAGAAACGAAAAGCAAAGUCAAAGCAACGACAGACUGACAGUAGUACACAGGAGGGACGUGAAGUGUUAGCUCAUGAAGAUUCUUCUGCCAAAAGUCAGUCUGAUGAUCGUAUUUCUUGCCAUUUGUGUGGCAAGUCUUUCAAGUACAUAGGUUUUUUAAUGAAUCACAUACAGACACAUGACAAGACAGUUGACUGUCAUGUUUGUGGAAUAACAUUCCAGUCUGCAGAGGAGCUGAUAAAACACUUACAGUCUGCUAUCAAGAAAAAACAUUUUUGUGAUCUGUGUGGCAAAACUUUCACCAAAAUGCAUCUGCUCAAAGAGCACUCAAAAAUACACACAGGGACAAAAGAGUUUACAUGUCAAGACUGUGGCAAAGCAUUUCUCCGAAAAACAGACCUUACUGUGCAUGCUAGGACCCACUCUGGGGAGAAACCAUACAGCUGUGAUAUUUGUGGGAAGGCAUUUAGUCAGAGAAAUAAUCUUAAAAGCCAUAGGAGAUGUCACACAGGAGAGAAACCAUAUCACUGUGAGGUGUGUGGGUACAGCUUCAGAACAAGCUAUCAUCUCAAAACACACAUGAGAUACCAUUCAGGAGAGAAGCCGUACUCCUGUGAGAUUUGCGGUAAGAAAUUUUGCCAGACCGGAGAGUUGACCAGACAUAUGAUGACACACACAGAGGAAAGACCAUAUGGUUGCCAUGUUUGUGGCAUGAGAUACAAAUUUGAUUCAAAUCUGAAGGUGCACAUGAGAAAUCAUGAGAAGGAAGCUACAGUGGCUGAGCCUACAUGAACGGAGUAACCCAGCUACUAUCAUACUCAUUAAGGACUUGGUGGUUCAAAGUAACAGCUCAGCUGCUUAACACUGUAUAUUUGUACUCUGCUCCAUAUGAGUGUAAUACACCCACCAAAUUUGGUUCAUUAAAUCUUUCCCUGGUGCAAGAGCUUGUAGGAGUGUCCUGCCUGAAAUUAAAUGAAGUUGAUACAAACCAGAUAACAAUAUGAUUUUCAGCAACAACACAAAGAUGAUUUUUCUUAAGGAAACACAACAACCCAUGCUUGAAGUAGCUUCACUUUCGUAGUGCUUUUAUGCCUGGUGGUUUCCAAAAUGGCAGAGCUGUUUUGUGGAAGUGGUACAGUUCCACCAUUUUUGAUGCAAGGGAAUUCAAACCAGCCGUCAAAGUGAGACAUAAAUGUAUUGUUGUGCACCCCUCAAAAAAACAAACAAACAAACAAAAAACAGUUUUGUCUCACAUCUCAAAAUCAUUUUUUCCAGUCUAUAUCUAAUUCAUAUUGGUGCGGUACACUCCUGUUGAAGCGCUUGUUCUCAUGACAGAAGGAUUUAAUGGACCAAACUUUGUGGAUGUAUUACACUCACAUACAGCAGCAAAUAUCACUCUACGGGCAAGAAUGUGAACUAUCACUUACAGCUGCAUAGAUACAAGUAAAUCAAUAACAAAAUAACCAUGUCCACCUGUGUUUUUUCAUCCACAAAGUUUAUGAUUCACCAGCAAAAAGUUGCUCAAGUGACGGGUUUUAUUUCUAACAGAGGGGAAGAAACUGUGGCACAUCAGCAAUAGUAAACAUAUAUACUGGAGUGAGUCAGAUAGACUUAACUAGGUUUCUCAUGACUGGAGUGACAGAAUGAUCACAUUUAACAUGCACUGGCAACACACUGGGGUUAUGUGACCAACCGAGAUCAGAAUUGGAUUCAGAUUCACAAAGCAAAUGUACAUUCAAUGUGCAGUGUUACAUAGCAAAUGGAAUCACUCCAGUUUUAUUGCUUUAUGAUUUCAACUGACAGCAUGUGGCGGCAGACAUACUUUAUUCAUUCUCACAGCUACAGCUAGUUUAUCUGUUCACUGUCCAGGUCAACUACAGAGCUGCCCCUGGAGCUGGUAGGGUGUCUUGCUCAAGGGCACUUUAAUGGAGUGGAUGCUGAACAGAAGUACUUGAAUUGAGCUGAAUCAACUUGAACCUCCAUAUGAUUGCAGACUUGACAAGAUGUUUGAGAACUGAGCUGUAACCAUCUUUGACUGUCAUUAAGCCGCUCUGAGGCAGUGUUGAGUACAUGGCUUGACAAUAAGUUCAAGCAAUCAAUACUGUGUUCUUCAGAUACAGAGUUUAAACAUGUGCAUUGACCACAGUCACUUUUUUGUUUUGUUUUUUGUUUCCCCAUCUUUGCCCCAGGGAAAUGUUAUAUGUACUGUGUGUACCUCUGUAGAUGUGCACUGUUAAGUUCACAAUACUGUAAUUAAAGACUUUAAAAUUGCCUU